UCCAUCCAUGGAGCAGCCGGAUGCCAUUUUGACGAGCUUGAAGCUCCUGAUCAUCGGCGAGAGUGGCGUGGGCAAAUCGUCUUUGUUGCUUCGAUUCACGGACGACGCCUUCGAUCCCGAACAGGCCGCCACCAUCGGGGUCGACUUCAAGGUCAAGACCAUCACCAUCAACCAGGAUAAGAUCAAAUUAGCCAUUUGGGACACAGCCGGCCAGGAGCGGUUUCGAACCUUGACCCCCAGCUAUUAUCGCGGUGGGCAAGGCGCUAUUCUCGUCUACGAUGUCACGAAUCGGGAUACCUUUGAUCGGGUGGACAAUUGGCUCACGGAGCUCGAGACCUACUCCACCAACCACGACAUUGUGAAGAUGCUCGUGGGUAACAAGUGCGAUAUGGACGAGACUCGGGCCGUUUCCAAGGACGAGGGCAUUAAACUAGCUAGAAAACACCAAAUGAUGUUCAUUGAGUCGAGCGCCAAGACGAAAGAGGGUGUGCAAUGCGCUUUCGAAGAGCUAGUGGAAAAGAUUAUUCAAACUCCCGGACUUUGGGAAAUGACUUCCGACCGGAAACGAGGUAUUCAUGUGGCUCAAGGCGAGGGUUCGACAGUGCCUGGCGGAUGUAACUAUUGUAGUGUCAUAUGAACUGCUAUCAUAUUAUCACGAAUAAAUUCUUGCUUUUUUUGAGGAAUAUAA